AUGCAUUACCAAGUGGAGUCUGCUGCUGCUGCAUGGAGCUACCUCAUGAGGGUUCGAAGCAUGGAAGAGGACCAAAUGGAGAGAGUGUUGAGGCUGGCCUCUCAGAGUGCUGUGGUGAUUUUCAGUGUGAGUAGCUGUUGCAUGUGCCAUGCAAUGAAGAGGCUCUUCUGUGGCAUGGGGGUUAAUCCCACUGUUCAUGAGCUGGACCAAGACCCCAAAGGGAAAGACAUGGAGAGAGCAUUGAUGAGGCUUCUUGGAAAUGGAAUCAACUCCACUGCUGCAGUUGUUCCUGUGGUGUUCAUUGGAGGGAAGCUUGUUGGGUCCAUGGACAGGGUUUUGGCUUUCCACAUCAGUGGCACCCUUGUCCCUCUUCUCAAACAAGCUGGAGCUUUGUGGCUUUGA